AACCGGCCCGCAGAGCACAGCAGAAGCUCCUCUCCCUCCUUGGCAUCCAUCGAUCUCCCAUGGCGACGAGCCAUCCAGCCGCCGCAAGCCCGGAUCCGUAACCCUAGAAAAGAUCCCGCCGCCAUUCGCGCGGGCAGAAGCAACCCGAGCACGCGCACUGCUCUGCUCUUCUCUCGCUCUUCCUGCUCCCGGCUUCAGCCAUGGACGCGGCGGGAGGGAGCGGCGCGCGGACGGUGGCGGCGUGCGUGAUCGGCGGGAUCGUGCUGGGGGCGUCGGUGGUGGCGCUCCACCUGGGCGCGGGCCCCGCGGCGCUGCCCUUGCCGGCGCCCGUGGACGCGCUGCUGCGGCUGCGGCCCCGGGGCCGCCGCCGCCGGCCCGUCCGGGUCUACAUGGACGGCUGCUUCGACAUGAUGCACUACGGCCACUGCAACGCGCUGCGCCAGGCGCGAGCGCUCGGGGACGAGCUCGUCGUCGGCGUCGUCAGCGACGACGAGAUCACCGCCAACAAGGGACCCCCCGUCACGCCGCUCCACGAGAGGAUGAAAAUGGUUCGUGCUGUGAAAUGGGUGGACGAUGUCAUUCCAGAUGCACCAUAUGCCAUAACUGAAGAUUUCAUGAACAAGCUAUUCAAUGAGUAUAAUAUAGAUUACAUUAUCCAUGGUGAUGAUCCUUGCCUGCUCCCAGACGGAACUGAUGCAUACGCCCUUGCCAAAAAGGCUGGCAGAUACAAGCAGAUUAAAAGAACCGAGGGAGUGUCAACGACAGACAUUGUUGGAAGAAUGCUUCUUUGUGUCAGAGAGAGGCCAGCUUCUGAUAGUCAAAGCCACUCUUCACUGCAAAGGCAGUUCAGUCAUGGGCAUGGUCAGAAUGUUGAUGAUAGUGGAUCUGGCAGUGGAACAAAAAUAUCUCAUUUUCUUCCCACAUCUCGUCGAAUAGUUCAGUUCUCAAAUAGCAAGGGUCCAGGACCAGAUUCUCGGAUAGUUUACAUAGACGGUGCAUUUGAUCUGUUCCAUGCUGGUCACGUUGAGAUAUUGCGGCUUGCUCGAGAGCUUGGAGAUUUCUUGCUUGUGGGUAUUCACACAGAUCAGACCAUAAGUUCAACUCGAGGACCACAUCGCCCAAUCAUGAACCUUCAUGAGCGAAGUUUGAGUGUUUUGGCAUGUCGUUAUGUUGAUGAAGUGAUCAUUGGUGCUCCAUGGGACAUUUCAAAAGACAUGAUUACCACAUUUAAUAUUUCAUUGGUCGUUCAUGGAACUAUAGCUGAGAACAUGGACUAUACAGAGGAUGAUUCCAAUCCAUAUGCUGUUCCAAUUGCCAUGGGCAUUUAUCAUAAGCUGGACAGCCCUUUGGACAUCACCACUAGUACCAUUAUAAGGAGGAUAGUUUCUAACCAUGAAGCCUACCAGAAACGGAAUGAGAAGAAGGAAGCCAGCGAAAAGAAGUACUACGACAGUAAAAGCUUUGUCAAUGGAGAGUAAAUUAUGAACAGAUUCUUUCUGAAGAACAUUUCACUGAUCGACUGAGGCUGUAACACCCCGUCAGAAAUGCAACCGAUAGGUGACCCACAAUUUUACCGUUCCGUCGCACCUUUCCCAUGUUGCUGAUAUAGCUUAGUAGCUUCAGAUGCAACCUUGCUGAGUGACAGGCAGUGGUUCUGAAUCAGGGGAGCCUGGAGGAGUUCCUCCAUCCACUUUCAGUAUCCCUACCAUAUUCCUCCCUGUGUACCGGCUUUCACGGUCAUGGCUGCUGUUACCGGCUGAGUUCUUUUUGAGAUCUAUAAUGCUUUCAGAAUUGCAGUAAACACGAAACGCCGUUACCUGUUGAUUUAACUGUUUUGAUUCCCUGAUCCUCUUGUUUGGUGGGCAUCCAAUGUGAGUCAUUUUCUCAUA